GGAUACCGGAGAAGCAAAAAAUGGAUGUCGUAAAGAAUAUUCUCGGAGGAUUGCAAUCAGAAACGAUCGCAUCGGUGCUUUCGGCGCUCUUAAGCGUGUCGUUAUAUGCCAUGUACUUGAUUGUUAAUUACUCCGCGACGAAUAUUCCAUCUAAAUUAUUAUUGCCGUCUUACGAUUUCAUAGUUGUAGGUGGUGGUUCUGCGGGAGCUGUCUUGGCGAGUCGUUUGUCCGAGAUAGAGGAUUGGAAUGUACUUCUCUUGGAAGCAGGUGGAGAUGGAAGCAUUAUAUAUGAUAUUCCUCUUCUUGCCGCCACUCUGCAGCUCACCGAGAUUGAUUGGAAAUACAAGACGGAACCCAAUGAAAAUUAUUGUAGAGCGAUGGAGGAGGGUCGUUGCCUGUGGCCACGUGGCAAAGUUAUCGGAGGCAGCAGCACGAUAAACUACAUGCUAUAUGUUCGUGGUAACAAAAAAGAUUACGACAUCUGGGAACAACUAGGCAAUCCAGGAUGGUCCUACAAGGACGUCCUAAGUUAUUUCAAGAAAUCAGAAGACAAUCAGAAUCAGAACUACGCCAAGACUCCGUAUCACUCGAGAGGGGGUUAUCUAACUGUCGAAGAAUCACGAUGGCACACACCACUGGCCGAUGCGUUCCUUGAUGCAGGACGAGAAAUGGGUUACGAGAAUAGAGACAUUAAUGGACAACGGCAGACUGGCUUUGUGUUUCCUCAGGGGACCGUUAGGCAUGGGAGCCGGUGUUCCACGGCGAAGGCCUUCCUGCGGCCGGCCAGCGCGCGUAAGAAUUUACACGUCGCUAUGCAAGCACAUGUUACGAAAAUUUUAAUAGAUCCGCUGUCAAAGAGGGCUUACGGUGUAGAGUUCCUUAGAGACGGAAGGACGCUGCGCGUUCGUGCCAACAAAGAGGUGAUAGUUUCCGCAGGAUCUAUCAAUAGCCCUCAAUUACUGAUGCUGUCCGGAAUAGGACCUGAAGAACACUUAGCGGAACACGGUAUACCUGUGAUUCAGAAUUUAAGUGUGGGUCGUAAUCUUCAAGACCAUGCAAUUAUUACAGGCAUUACGUUUUUGGUGAAUAAACCAGUAUCGUUGGUAGAGAGCAGGUUGUAUAAUAUUCGAUAUGUGCUAGAAUACGCCAUAUUCGGAGCCGGUCCUUUCACCGAGCUAGGAGGUGUCGAAGGACUAGCUUUUAUCAAUACGAAAUACGCGAAUGCCUCCGACGAUUUUCCAGACAUGGAACUGCAUUUGGUGGCAUUGAGUCAGAACACCGACAGCGGCAGAAUUUUAAAAAAGAUUUGCGGUCUGAAUAGAGAAUACUACAAUGCUGUAUAUGGGGAGUUUCUUAAUAAGGACGCAUGGUCCGCGAUUCCCACGCUUUUGAGACCGAAAAGUAGAGGGGUUAUCAAGCUUCGAAGCAGCAAUCCCUUCCAUCGUCCGUUGAUUUAUCCCAACUACUUCGAAAACCCGGAAGAUAUGGCGACGAUGGUAGAAGGAAUUAAGCUUGUGGUCGAGAUGAGUAAAACUGCACCACUUAGACGUUAUGGUAGCAAAUUAUUACCGGUACAAUAUCCUGGCUGCGAAAAUAUUCCUAUUUAUACCGAUCCAUACUGGGAGUGCAUAAUCAGAUUCCUUGCCACGACUAUAUAUCAUCCAGUGGGUACUUGCAAGAUGGGGCCUAAUUCGGAUCCAACAGCUGUUGUAGACCCUCGGCUUCGAGUUUACGGAGUCACCGGACUUCGAGUCAUAGACGCCUCGAUUAUGCCAAACAUAGUCAGUGGUAAUACCAAUGCCCCUACUAUCAUGAUCGCAGAGAAGGGUGCGGAUAUGAUAAAAGCGGAAUGGUUCAGGAAACCGAGUUUUCAAUGAAUAAUGUUUUUGUAAUAUUUUAAAUAAAUGUGCAGUUUUUGCAAAUUAAUUUACGUCAACUGCUAUUGUUUAUUACAUAAUAGGAACGUAUAAUUAUGAACUCGAAAUAUAUUUUCGUUUUGUAUCGCGAAUAGCGAAAUUCGAGUAAGAAUAUAGUCAUGCUUAAUCAAAUGAAUACCUGGUAAAUUAAGUUUUAACAAGUAGAAAUUAGUCCUGUAGAAUUCUGUUUGUCCAAACUUAUCGAGGAACAAAUAGUUAAUAAAGUAGCGGUUCAUAUUACAUUUCUUCGAUGUUGAUAUAUUGCAUUGCAAUUGAAACGUAUAGUGUGAGAAAAGCAUAGCGUCGAUGAAGAAAAAUUGUUACAGAC